UAAUCUUUAUUCUUCAUUUCCUACUACACAUUAGCAAAAUUGUAACAAUUCUUGAAAUCUUAGUCUGAUUAUAAUGAAGUUUCUCUAGCGAGCUAUUUUUUAAACAAGCAUACCAGUGUAUUGUGUGAGCGAAAACCACUUGGAAAUAUAUUUUGAGGUCGAUUUGUACAGAUGGAACGAAAGGGUAUCUUUUAUGUAAUAAUCGUCUUAGCCCUGGGGUACGUUCAUUCAAAUCUAUUUAAAAAAUCAGCCAACUAUGAUUUUGGCAACUUCAACGACAAAGCUGGAGUUUACUUUCAAGAAAUGGAUCAAGCUCAUUUUUACCAUGACCGAUACAGAAUCAUCACAUUUCUUGAUAUAAGGAAGAACCUUAUUUUGGAAGCUUCCUUCUCCUCCUAUUGUGAAAGAUUCAAAUCUAGCUGCACAAGUUUGAAGACGUACUCCAAAGUAUACAAAGAGCAGCGAACAAUGGCCUUCAACAUGUUGGGCAUGAAUGCUGAAGAAGAUAUGAAUUCGAGUUUGAUAAUUACACUGUUUGGAACAUUCCAUGAUCAAGAUGUUAUAUACUAUGAUGAAUGGGUAACUCCAUUCUUAAAUUCCAGUGCAAGAAUCAAAACGAUAGACAACCAAACAGUUAUUGUUAAUUCUACUUUUGGAACAAUUUUUCCAACCUUCUCUGAUUCUGAUGACGAGUUCAGACUAAAUGAAUUCUACGUACUUUUUGAACAGUGGACACAGGAAAUAAGUACUUUAACUACAGCCAUACUUUUUGCCAGGAUGGGCAAAUUAUACCCAGAAAUUUUACCGCCUAGUGAACUAAUAGAUGUCUUGAAGAAUGCCUCGUUAUCUUUCAAGGAUAUAAGUUGGCCUUAUGAGCCGGAAAUUCAUAACUAUGAAGAAAUUAUCAAUAUUAGUGAUUUGAGGGUGGCUCUGAUCAAUGGAACACUCCUUUUUGAUAUGUUGGUACCUAUGGUCGACACAGGAGAUUAUUUGGAACCUAGUUUUAUCUACAAAAUUGUACCAUUUCCGAUAAAAUUAUCAGCUAGAAAUUUGUACUUUUUCACUCAACCACGAGCUCGAUAUGUAGCACUUAGAUAUGGUGAUUCGCCAGAUCUCUUAUUAACUGAACAACAAUUCCAAGAAUGUAAAAAUACUAAAUAUUUCAAACUUUGUUCAUCCUGGCAUCCAUCAAGUAUUUCUAAGCUUGAUUACCCUUGUGAAGAUUCACUUAUAACUGGGAAGGAUGACGUGUUUUUUACAUGUCCUAUUAGGUUGAUAAAAUCUAAAAGAACAUUCUGGUACAAAAUAAAUAAUAAUGCCUGGAUCUUUAGUACUCCUAAUUCUGAAGUAAUGAAUGUUGUUUGUCCUGGGAAUGAAGUAAAUCAACAACCAAUUUCUGUAGAAGUUAGUCUCGAAAAUUAUGGAUGGUUAGAACUGAAUAAAUCCUGUUAUGCAGAAUCGAAUAAUGUGUUUUUGAGACCACACGAAACUUUUAAUAAUUCACAUCACGUUGAGAAAAACCGUCAUCUUCCCAAAGUUAAUAUUCUACAAGAUGUGGAAGAAUAUCUGCAAAAAUUAGACGUUUCCUUAGAUGGUAUUUUUAUCAACGAUUUUGGAAAUUAUUCGCAUGUAGAACCAGAAUAUUUAAAAUUGAUAGGAACUCCGUUGGCGCAAGUUAAGAUUCAAGCUGAUAAUUUAAAAAACUUAAUAUACCAGAAGAAAAUGUUCGAUGAACAUGAAGAAAAAAUUGCAAUACAGGUUACAACUUUAAAAAAUUUGAAGGAUAAGAUUGAGCAACAAAGCAAAGUAAUUGAAAAAUUGAUGGAGCAAAUGAACGGUUCGGAAGAUUUGAGAAGGGAACAAAUUUUUACGUGGGUUUACAUUUCCAUUUUGUCAUUCAUUAUUUUACUUUGUGUUCUAUAUUUGACUAAGUGUUAUCAAAAAAUGGAGGACUGUUUUAGAAAAAAUCGUAGUUUCCGUAGUUUUCGAUUUAGAAAUUCAGGGACUGAAAAUUGUAUUAAUGAAGUAGAUUGCGAUGAAGGGGAAUCCACAUUAAGGGAAAAUGCUUUUCGAACUUUAUUGUGAGGCUAAUUUGUUUUAUAAACUUUAUAAUAUAAGUAUAAGUUACUGUUAGAUGCAAAUCAUAUAUUUAAGUUUAAUAUACAAUUAGCACUUAAGAUCCCGGAACAUUGAACAGGGUUGUAUAUAAGUAAAUUUAUAUUUUUUAUUUUAACCGGGAAAACAAACAUAAGACACUCAUAACACACACCUAUAUAAUUAUCUGAAGCGAUUUGAGAGGCGAAAAUAUAGAAAGCCAAAUCCAGAAAGAUAAUUUAAAAUAAAUUGUAAAAUAAUAGUAUUAUUCCAGAACUCUAAGAAAUCGAUGCCAUUUAUGAAAUCUUUCGCCGACGAUUAAAUAAAAUAUAGUUGAUGUCAGUUUAAACUUUA